GGCAACGCCACCUACGCGGAGACCAGAUGCUGCAAACUGCCGUUCCACACGUUCCUGGACAACGUGGGCUGGUUCGUGCGGAAGCUCUCCGGGCUGCUCAUCCUGCUGGUGCUCUUCGCCAUCGGGUACUUUCUGCAGCGGAUCAUCUGCCCCAGCCCCCGCAGGCACGGCCGGCGCCGCCCGCACCCGGGGCAGCGGGGCGAGGAGGAGGAGGAGGAGGAGGAGGCGGAUUACGACGAUGACGACCUGGAAGAGCAGGACUCGCUCGCCCGCGUCACCCCGCUGAACGCGACGGCUGCCAACUCGCAGGACUCGCUGCUGGACAGCGGGGGCCGGGAGCCGUUCCUGCCGCCCCCUCUUCUGCACGUCGUCUCGCCCGUCUUUUUGCAGCUGCCCAGCUACGAAGAGGUGAAAUAUUUGCCCACUUACGAGGAAUCCAUGCGGCCCCAGCAACCCCUGGUCCUGCCCGUCACCAGCCUGGCCACCGGGACGGGCAGAGGCCCCGCCCAGCUGGAUCGCUGGACAGCAGGCAGCUGA